AUGGCCUCUCAGGCACCAGGCGCCCCCACGUCCCCUAAAGCCCAAGACAAGGACAAGAAGACAGAGCCCCAGGGACUUAACAUGCAGCACCCCUUGUACUGGGCCGCGGAUGGAGCGCCUGAGCCCCAACGGGUGCCCUGGCCAGCCUUGAUCAAGGCCUAUGGCCACUUACACUGGCGGCUCAUGGAGGGGCGGCGGGCCCGGAUUCUGCCCCACCUAAAUCCCCUGCACGUGGACGACGACUUAACACUGACCGAGAAGCUCAUGACUGAAAAGGAGUUCCAGGGCAACCAGGAGGCCGUGUCCAAGGUCCCAUUUCAAAUUCUGGCCGGACACCAGCACAUUGUGAGUUCCUGUCACUUCUGUGUAGAUGACACAAAGCUCCUCAGUGGCUCCUAUGACUGUACCGUGAAGCUGUGGGAUGCUGCGGAUGGAUCUAUCAUUCGGGAUUUUGAGCCCCGGCCCAAAGCUCCUGUUGUAGAGUGCAGUGUCACGGCUGACAGCAGAAGAAUUACGGCAGCAGCCUACGACAAAACACUGAGGACUUGGGACCUUGAAACAGGCAAGCUGCUGUGGAAAAUCAGUAAUGAAAACUUCAUAGUCUCCUGUCAGUUUUCUCCUGAUGGUAAAUACGUGGUCUCUGGCUUGGAUGUGGAUUGCGGAAUCUGUAUAACAGAUGCAGGAAGCGCCAGGACUGUGUCUCACAUCAAAGGUCAUCACAAAAGCUCAGUCACCGCCUGCUGCUUUGACUCUGACAGCCAGAAGGUGGCUUCCGUCUCGUUGGACAGGAGCAUCAAGAUCUGGGAUGUUACAUCCCAGACCACACUGCUCACCAUUGCCAAGGCGCACAGCAAUGCAAUCUCUAACUGCUGUUUUACCUUCAGUGGCCAUUUCCUGUGUACAAGCUCUUGGGAUAAAACCUUAAAAAUAUGGAAUGUCCAUACAGGGGAGUUUCGAAACCGUGGAGCCUGUGUAACUCUGAUGAAGGGCCAUGAAGGUUCUGUGAGCUCCUGCCACUUUGCCAGAGAUACAUCUUUUCUCGUGUCUGGAGGGUUCGACAGGACUGUGGCUAUUUGGGAUGUAGGAGAAGGCUACCGGAAGCUCUCUUUAAAGGGCCAUAAUGACUGGGUGAUGGAUGUUGCCAUUAGCAACAACAAGAAAUGGAUCCUGUCUGCUUCAAAGGAUACAACCAUGAGACUAUGGAAUAUUGAAGCAAUUGACCGAAUUCCUUUGGUAAUUGAGAACAAAAAGGCCCUGGGCCUCAAAGUGGAACAGUGUGAAGAAUGUGACAGGCCUUUCUCCAUCUACGAAAGUGACAUCUUUUCUGAAACAGUCACCAAAUGUGUGUUCUGCCGGAUGGAUGCAAAAGACGUGUCAGCAGAGGCCUCAUCAUCAUUAGAAGAGAAGGAUUAA